GCGUCCUCCCACCCUGCUCUGCUGCAUCAGCACCAGCCUCUCUCCAUCCUUAGAGCAUCUUUCUCCUCCCAGCUUGACUGAGCAGGGAAGCUCCGUUUUAUCCAUUACUGCAAUUACCAGUAACCUCCCCCCUCUCUCUCCCCCCACCCCCAACCUUCAGCCUGCUCCUCCUCCACCCCAAAGAAGAGGGGUUCUUGCCAGCUUCCCUGUCUCUCUGCUGUGCCACAGGGAAGGUGGGGAAGAAAACCCACUGAGGACUCGCAACCUCACAAGGAAGCGCAAUGAAGGAUCGUACCCAGGAGCUGAGAAGUGCCAAAGACAGUGACGAUGAGGAAGAAGUGGUGCAUGUGGACCGAGACCAUUUUAUGGAUGAAUUCUUUGAACAGGUGGAGGAGAUCCGUGGCUGCAUUGAGAAGCUCUCAGAGGAUGUGGAACUGGUGAAGAAGCAGCACAGUGCCAUCUUGGCUGCCCCAAAUCCAGAUGAGAAGACCAAGCAGGAACUGGAGGAUCUUACAGCUGAUAUCAAGAAGACUGCCAACAAGGUGCGCUCUAAGUUGAAAGCAAUUGAGCAAGGAAUUGAGCAGGAAGAGGUUCAGAACCGAUCUUCAGCUGAUCUACGGAUCCGGAAAACACAGCACUCAACCCUCUCCCGCAAGUUUGUGGAAGUGAUGACAGAAUACAACACAACUCAGUCCAAAUAUCGAGACCGGUGCAAGGACCGUAUCCAGAGACAGCUGGAGAUAACUGGCAGGACAACUACCAAUGAGGAAUUAGAAGACAUGCUGGAGAGUGGGAAAUUGGCGAUUUUCACCGAUGAUAUCAAAAUGGACUCACAGAUGACGAAGCAGGCCCUGAAUGAGAUUGAAACCCGGCACAAUGAGAUCAUCAAACUGGAAACCAGCAUCCGAGAGCUGCAUGACAUGUUUGUGGACAUGGCUAUGCUGGUGGAGAGCCAGGGAGAAAUGAUUGACCGCAUUGAAUACAAUGUUGAGCACUCUGUUGAUUACGUGGAAAGAGCCGUCUCUGACACCAAGAAAGCUGUAAAAUACCAGAGCAAGGCUCGGAGGAAGAAAAUUAUGAUUAUAAUUUGUUGUGUGGUCCUCGGUAUAGUACUGGCCUCCUCCAUUGGGGGUACGCUUGGGUUGUAAAUUAAAGCAAAAAAUAAUAAUAAUAUUAUAAUAAUUUAAAAAUUGUACAUGCAGUGGAUAUAACAGCACAUGUUCCAGCUACCUAUAGAUAAAACAACUUUAUUGGGUCAGCAAAUCUAAGUUUGUUGUUCAGCAUCAUCUCUUCAUCCAUUUUUACUCAUUUGCUGGACACCAGGGUUUCACCCAGAAUGUUCCAAUAUUCUGGGCCUCAACCGGGUGUCUUGUAAUCGCACCUCCCCUUCCCACUGCACCAUGGUCCAAAAUGUGUGAUUCCUGCCCACCCCACAGAUUUCCCCCUUUCAUAUCAAUGGUUAACCCUGUGGGAAGAAAGGGUUCGUGGUAUUCUUUUUCCUGUUUUGCCUGGGAAAGGACACAUAGCUGUGACUUGAGCAAUCAGUGUGACAAAAGGCUGUUCUGUAACUUACUAGAACAUAGUGUGCCUGAAGGAGCAAAAUAGAUCAGUAUUAAAGUUGUAGGAUCAAGCAAGGGCCAUUGUCUGAAGCAUAGUUCUUUUGAACCUAUUUAAUUGCAUUCAGUAGUUGAGCGUACAUAGGGAUUUCCAGUCCCAGUUUGUAGGAAGGGAAGGAUUUAAUGCCAGCGUUAACCUUUCCUUUUUCAUAACUGAUAAUAAAAUACCCCUGGGCUGACUCUCCUUGUCUAAUACAGACAUGGUUUCUAAGAACUGUAUGAGUUAAGAGGCUUCAAAGUUUUCAUUCUUAGGUACCUGGAAAAAAAAUAGAGUAAAUACUCAGGGCGCAAUGUGUUCAUCUGCUGCAUCCCCCUCAUCUCAACUUGCCUCCCCACUGCACCCCAUGUACUCUUACACCACCCAGACCCUCCCUUCCCCAUUGGCCAAGAUCUAUGUUUUCAGGAGAGCAGCCCAUUCCUGAUGACAUGCAUAAGGGACCAACUGGAGUACCCUCUCAGAUAUUAAAGGGUGUUUAAUACUAUGGUAUUGAUGCUCUGGUCAUUACAAAUAGAUUUUCCUCUGCUGCAGUUUCCCCAAAAUAACCAAGAAGCACUAUAGCCAUGCUACAAAUAUUGGUACAAUUCCAUUUUUUAAAUACUACACUAGCGUUAUUUAAAAUACUUCACAGGUACAUCAAUGCUGCAUAUCAAUGUGGUAUUAUUAAGCAAUAUUGCAACUACUAGGAACUUGGGUUAUUUAUAGCUGAAAGAUAACAGCCCACGCUGAACCAUCAAGGAUACAAAAAUAUUGCUGCUAUAUUAUCCCAAACUCCUGAUUUAAAUAUACCAAGAUGAGGAAAUUGAGACCCUGUCAUUUAGUAAUAACUGGGGACAUAUGCUCACUUUUUAAAAAAGUGGAUUCAUGACUGCAAAGGAUUGCAAAAUCAUUAUUCCAGCAUUUGUACAUAGGAAUAAAUUAGUAAAUUGUUUCACUGAUAUUUGGCAAUGUGAGAAGAUCUAAAGCUUUCGUCUAUAGCCUUCAAAUUAGGGCCAGAUUGCAAACAAAAGUAGUCACAUAGAUAAUUCUGAAGGAGGAAGCUGAGUGGGAUCAGAACUAUAGCGAGAGAAGAAAUUUAACCAUUUGCACCAACUGCACUAUUGAUAAAAACCAGUGUGUGCUCCCUGGGUUGCUAUGGAAAGUUUGGUGCAAUGGGAGCAUUUCCCCAUUGUGAAUAGCAGCAGGUGGACAAGGACACAGGCAAAGUUCCUUCCCCCUUCCCCUGGUCCUCCUAUUGUAUUAAAUAUUUAAUGUUUGUUUUUUUAAAUCCUAAGUGCCAGGCUAACUGGAUGAAUAAUGUCACAUUGAAUUUGGUUCUGAGAGGACCAAAAGAAGUAGCUUGGGGCUGCAGUGGUUGCUCAGAAAUAGCACAGAUGAUGAGGACGUACCCAUUUGGAGUGCAGGCAAGGAAGUGCAAGUUCACAUCUUGAAGAAUUAUCUACAUUAAAAAGAAAAUCACCCCUCUACUUGUGGGAAGCUUAUAGAGAUUCAUAUUUUAAUGUAGCUUCCUUUUUGCUGAAAUGGCGCAUCCCGAAGAAACUCUGUAUCAUGUGUGAUACUUUUGAGCAUGUAAUUCAGCUCUGAGUGAUCUGGAAUUGGAAAGCUAUUCUGCCAGUUUGGAUGUCCUGCUGCCAAACAUCAGCCAUAAGGAAAGAAGUACCUACAGUAUUAGAGCAUGCAUCCAUUUUCUGAUAACAUUCCAGAAUUAUAGACUUGAUGGAAGAAGUGGUCAGGGUUUCUUCCCAGAAAUUCAACCUAUGUGGCUGCUGCUUCAUAGAAUUACAGAGUUGGAAGAGACCACAAUAGUCAUUAAUUUCCACCUCUGCCAUGCCAUAUGUGGUUCUUACAGCAAAUAAUAAGUAUAAAUACUCUUACAUUAUCAGCUGAUGUUACACCAAAGGGCUGAUAAUGAGAUGGUCUGUUCAAUAACUUUUUUUAUACAAUAACAGUUUGCAUAUUUGUAAGGAUCAAGGGUGAAUCUUUUCCCGGAUGAUUCCAUUUCAGAAGAGGGACGGGGCUAGGAGUUGUCUGUUUGCAUACUCUCCCAUAAAAAUAAAAUUCUCCUAAUGAGGAAGAUUAGUAUGCCAUUGAAAAAUAUUCAGCCCAGCCAACUCUCUGGCAUGCUCAUUUUUAGUGUGUAGAGGGUGUGUUUUUUUUAGUGUUUAGUAAGACCCCCUUAUACAUGUGGAAAAUGUUCCAAGAUUCCUCAUGAAAGCCUAAAACUAUGGAUUGUACCAAACCUUAUACAACAAUAUUACUGGAACUUGGUUAACCGUAGUUAACUGAAACACCAGAAAGCAAAACAUGGCUAAGUGGGGCCAAGUAAUAUUUCCAAACUUCAGUUGACUGUUGGUAGCUGACACUACAAGGGAGUCUUACUGAAUAACGAAGCAUUUAAUAUGUCCGUCACUAGAUUAUGUUGAAUGUAUAAACUGGCUCUAAAUUUUUAAGUACGAUGAAAUCCAUAGCCUUAGAAACUGUUUGGGUUGUUUUUCUCCUCCUUUUUCUCUCCCACUCCUGUCUCCAACCCCACAAGUUGCCUUGGCCCAGUGGUCCUCUUCCCUGUAUGACAGGGUAAUGCAGAUACUCAGAGCAGCUGUUUAUGUGGACAGCCUGCUGUGGGAUCUCUCUGCCUGUGGAAAACAAGAGGCAAUUCCUUGCUUUGCCGUCCAUGCAUGGAAACAGGGACAGGAUUCUAUUGCCGGCUAGGAAGAAGGAAUUGGGGAAGACCAGCAAAUCAAUUUCUGCUCACACAAAGAGACUGAUUACUGGAGAAUUAUAUGCCAGCCAUGCAAUAGUAUAAUUGCCCACCCUUAAGCAAAGCCAUCAGAUAUUCUUCUCUAAAGUGACCUAUGUAUAUAAAGACACAUUCUCUUGAGUAGUAAUACACCCUCACUAGAGUAAUGAUGUUGAAGUCCAAGGAGGUAGGGUGGGCCAAUCCAAAGAAAUUAGACUUUCUGACCCUUGCCAAUAUUAUUUCAAUAUUCAAGUGUGAUGGCUCCUCUUACUUCCCAAAGGUCCUACAGCCUUCUAGAGUAAUAUAAUAUUGAUCCACCUUGUAAUGUUAAGAGAAAUUGUUCAUGCCCUUAUAAGAAAAUCAAACUCAUAAAGCAAUUGUGCCAGUAACCUUAGCACCCUAACUAUGCACCCUUUUCAAAGAGUAGAAGGAUUGCUCCUUUAAACGGCAUCUCUAUAAUAGAGAGCAAAGCAUUCCCAACUAGAUUGUUUUGUGAUUCCCUAGAAGAUUAGCAGCUUCUAGAUUGGCAUUUGUGUAUAUGAAAUUAUUUGGAAUGAGUCCUAGUACUCUUCAUGCAAUAGCCCACGGCAAUCAGUAGUAAUACUUUAUAGUAUGAUGACUGGAUAUUUUGUGGGAUACAUUUCCAGAAAUAUUUAGUAUUUUUAAACAAUAAUAGUAAUUUAGACUUGACAGGAGUGUUAUAUUAAGUUUCUUUAGGAUUGUGUAGGCCAAUGUUUCUAAAGUUUUAGAGGCACCCUUCAGCCACGCAGGUUUUCUGACAGUAUAUGUAAGAAAUGCCCCCAUUCAAAGAAAUGGCUCCCUACCUCCUUGUGUUUUUGCACAAAUUUCUUUGCUAGGCAUGUUUCCCCCGAGGAUGCAUAACACUACUGACUUUCUGUGCUGGGAAUUAUUGCGUUAAGUACUGCACGCCCAAUGCAAAGAGACUGCAAAAAUAACCUAUUCCUUGUGGAAAGCUGGGUAGCAAAAGGCCAUGCUUGAAAAAUGAGGCAUACAGUUGUACAUUGGGCAGUCUCUUUGCAGCUCCUUGGACCUUCAAAAACACAGGAGUAUUUAGUUAUUUUUUGCAACUCAUUAGUGUAGCUUGAGGCACAAUUCAGAAUUUCUGGUGGAUUGAUGGGUUCCUUUCAAAAUAUAUCAAGACCAUUAACUAACUUGGCCCGUAAGGACCUCUUCCUCAGUGGAAGAUUAUGCCAUUUUUCACAGCGAUACUACAGAGCACAGUGGAAUUUGUAUUUGAUGCAGUCCUGUUUUCCUGAAGUCAGCCUUGUUGAUGAAGCAAGGAGGUUGAGGAAGAACAUAGCUUCCUAGGAAUUGCCUUCGCCAACCUAUAGUCAACUGCACCUCAUGACCUUGCUCUCCCUGCAAACAAUGGCAGUAAUAGUGUUAGCAAUGUGCAUUUUUUUAAAUAAAAAGAUCCCUUCUAAUGAAAAUCCCUCUAGUACCUGGGCUUCUAAAUGGAAUGAGGAAGAAUAUUUAUUGGUCCCAGGGGUUCCAGAAAUGGAUGUAUGAGGCUUCAACACACUUUGAAUAUGGAGAAGUCAAGGAAUGCUAUUGAGUGUCACUUGUAUUGGUUUAAGAAAAGAGAGCUGAUGAUGACACAGUACAGAAGACCUUUUGAGAUUUGUGCAAAACAACAGUGGAAGGGUAGAAGGUCACCUUUAGCAAGGAGUGGAUCCAGUUUAGAUAGAUGAGAGAGUGAAUUACCAGAAGGAAGAUGGCCAGUUCUUCCAUUGUAGCCAAUAUCCUAUCCAGUUACCCCUUUUCCCAAUCCUCAGUCCAAUAUUCGUCAUUUAAAGGUUGCGCCGGCAAAUCUGUUCCCCAGGGUUCACAUUGUUCAGUGUCAUGACAGGGUCGUCCACUCCCGACACCUUUUCCCUUGGGUGGGGCAUGAUGAUGCUUUCCCCCCACCUACAACUCUCAUUUCUCUUACCCAUCUACUCUUUCUUCUAUCUAUUUAAUUCUGCUUUUAUAAACCCUCUGUGUGUGCGUGUGUGUACAUAUCUGUAAAUACCAGUAGAUAUGUUGUACAUAAAUUCAGUGUGGCGUUCUUUUGUACCUAUGUGCAAGUGAACUCAUGGGAUAUAGGUGUAAUAUAGAAACACAUGGGUUGUGUAUACACCCAGCAGUAUGCAAUAUGUGUUUGCUUAUGUGUGAUUGUGCGUUUCUGUGUCAUGUUUCUGGUUUUGUACAUGCACAUGCUGGCAGAUCUUUGCCCCACUUACGGCAGAACGAGUAAUAAUUUUAUCUGGAAUUUAAAGAAGAUCUGCACAGAAAAGAGUUUGAGACCUAAGCUUGUUUUUGAGAUGCACUUACAAAUCUAUAUACUAUCCUUGUUUGUCAUAGUUUAUAGCAGGCAUGGGCAAACUCGGGCCCUGCAGGUGUUUUUGGACUUCAACUUCCACAAUUCCUAACAGCCUACCAGAAUUGUGUUAGGAAUUGUGGAAGUUGAAGUCCAAAACACCUGGAGGGCCUGAGUUUGCCAUUCCUGACUUAUAGCAAGAAUCUAUGGGCCGCUCACUUUUCAAAAAGCCACUAAAAUAGCAAGUAUGAAGAUCUGUUUUGCGGUGGUACUCAUCUGGGCCAGAUUUUCCACGCGGGUGUUCACAAAAAUCACUUGAUCUGGAUUAGCUACCACCACAAAAGGUGCUAAAGCUGUUAAAAUAGAAGAAACACACAUGAUUGAAGAACUGCUUAAAGGAAAUUCUAAUCCAGUCUGCGGUGAGAACCUUUUCAUAUAAACCCGCUUUUCUCUCUUAUGUUAACUAGCCUGAUUAUGUGAAACAAUAGCUAUCUGGAAAAAUGCUAAAAUUUUACCAAGACAUCUGGAAAUGGUGCACAAAAAUUGUGUAAUCAUUUACUAGUGGUUCUGGAAACAGGAAUUAGAGUGUGAUAUAUAAUUUAAGUUACUUCAUCAGGUGUAAAUAAAUGGUUUUUCACCACCAUUUAUUACAAAAGUGUCAUUUUAAAAAUUAUAGCCCAUCAUUUGAAGGCCACAACUAUUUAAAAAAUUGAAUGGGAGCGCUGGUGUAUUUUGCUUGGCCAGUACUUUCCAAAUAGAGGGGAAAGUCUUCCUUGGGCUCCAAAUUUGUUUCGGGCUGAACAACAUAAUCAGUAGGCCAGGUGAUAUUUCUACUGCUGAAACAUACUGUCUCCGACUGCCAAUAAAGGAACUCAUGUCUGAACCAUCUUUUAAAAAAAUUCCUAUCACCCACCUACAUUAAUUUUGUGCAUUUUGGAGAGGUUGUAGUGUCUAAAAGACAGGUGUUGAAAUGAUUGAUCAUUCACCUGCAACCUCUUGGAGAAAUCACACUGCGAUACAUAAUACUGACAUUCACAAAGGGUUUUGAAAUCAGAACUGUCACAAAGGCGCUGCAAUAUCUGAUCAGAACACAAUGUGUGGCAAACAUCUGUCGUAUGUCAUUGGCAUGAAUAAGUAUGCCUACAUGUGUAUGUGAUACUUUUGAUGCCUGUAUCUAGCUUUCAAUGUGCCUAAAUAUGUGUGCACGCUCUCUCUCUCUCUUGAGUACACCGUUGGUUCUCAGAGUGUUCUGAAGCGAGGGAAUUGCAAAGAGUUACCCAGGGGAGAUGGGAUUUCCUCUGUGUUUCCUUCCAUUCUCUCUCUCUUCAUUGGGCUAGAAAGCUAGUCUAUAUUGCUCUCAACUAACGCAAAAUUAUGAUCUUUUGGGGGUGGUUUUCAAUAACUGAAUAUCGUUAGAUUAUUUAUUUCCAGGUGUUUAUCCACUGAGGACAAAUUUGUGGCUCUUUCCUGUCUGGUUGUCUUUUGGAUUGUGGCUUGGGGCCACAAUCAAAAGUUUGAGAACCCCUCUUAUAUAGACAGAUAGAUACCUCUCUGCCUUUAUGAUACCCUGGAAAGAAAGAGAUGAUAUUUGUCUAUGUCCUGGUAUGGCUGUGUAUGUGCUUUGCAAUGGGUUUCCAGUAUGUGUAUUUACAAGUGGCCUGUUCCUCCCCUGCUUCUACAUAAUUAUGAGGAGGAGAAAUGGUCCACAUUUGAAACUGGCUACUGCUGUCAUAAUUUCAAAGCCAGUUCAGAUGAGGAAGAUGAAACAAAUCCUGGACCAUCAUUUUGGGUUAUGUAGAAGCCAUUGCAAGUGCAGUAGUCAGGCGGUAUCAGUAUGUUUAUGUAUAUGCUGACUGAAUAUGUGAGUGUGAUUUGUUGGUGUGGAUGUGCCUCUCAUCUGUAUGUGUACACACACACACACACACACACCUGAACAUCAUUCAAAUACACACAAACAAGUACACAUUUUAAACUACGAACUGAACUGUGAUUACCCUCAACCAAGCCUAAAGUUUCCAUUGGGUAUCUUUGAUUCAUACAUUUUGAAAAUUAUCAUAGGAGGAACACCAUAUGGGAAAUACUUGCCCUUAGACUAUAUCUUCUAUGGGUUUUAUUUGGGGGGGAUUGCUGAAUUUAUAUAUUUUUUAAAUGCUGAAAUUGCCUUGGACUCUUCAAGGAAUCAUCUUUAGGUUCAAGUCAAUAUAUCCAUUCACCUUGGGAUUUAUAGACAAACUUUGGUUGGGAGUAAAUACAGUAUAUACUCCAGAGUACAUCCAUAUAACAUUGUGUUCCCUCUGUGUAAGUGCAUACAUACUGCUCUCACUUUCUCUCUAUAAAGCCUCCAUCCUGUCAUCUCUGCAUAAGAGAUCAAACUCCAGAAAAGAAAGAACAAAAAAAACUUAGAUUUUUUGAUCUUUUUUACAAAACAUAUCCAAUAUAACACAAGAACCAACUGUUUAAAAAAAUGCAGCAACGCAAAGAUAAGAUAAAAUCCUACGAACGUGUCGAAAUCCCCUUGACUUUCCAUUUUGGGUAUUGAUCUGUGUAUUGUUUCAAUGUAGGCGGUUUAUUGUAGUCUGUGGCGUAUUUGCUAAGAAACAACAACGUAAAACCUUCCUUUAAAAAAUUCAUUCUUUUUUUCCCCAUUGACAUGCCCUUCUUUUCCAUUACUCUCUUAUUCCCCUCCAAUUUCUUGCUAAACUUUAUAGUAUUUAAAAAAAAACAAAAGAGAGGGGACAAACUCUUACAUAUCUUUUCUCUCCCCCACCCCAUUUCAUCAAUCAAUCAAUCAAUCUAUUUAUUGAACGGGGAGAGGAGGGAAAGAAAGAAAAGCAAGUGUUUUUACCAAAAUGAAUUCUUUUCCUCUUCUCCUCUACACCCAUAAUAACCAUACUUAACCUUUUUAGUAUGAACAUUUCACCCUCCCUUUCUUGUUCCUAAUUUCUGUGUUGCUUUUAAUUUUGGAUCGAGGGAGUUCGUUUGAUUUCUUUCCGGCAACAGUCAAUCCAGAGAUCUAUGCACACCUUGACGCAUGUGCACACCCUUUUGUGCAUACGGGAUUCCCUAUUCAUUUCAGUGGAGGAGUCCACUUCCAUGCACACAGAGGAAUGUGUGAUCCUGUUGAACUUACUGAAAUGAACAGGGCGUUCAAACAGAUUAAGGAGCUCUAUAUGUGAAUGGAGCUUCCAUAUACAUAUAGUUCAAUUUACAUAUAUAAUAGGGGCAAUUGGCUCUUUUUCUUUAAAUGCUAGAUAAUUGGCUUUAGUAGGACAUGUUGAUUUUACUCCACACCUUCCAAGUUAUAAUCUGAAUACACAUUGAACCAUUGACAAUAUGCAGGCAACACAUAGUGCAGAAGGCUGCAUAGAAGGUCCUUUUGAAGUAUGUGCUCACAGACUUUUGGCACUGUCUCCUUCUAGAUUUUUUUUAUUGUGUCAGAAGCGACUUGAGAACAUACUGCAAGUCACUUCUGAUGUGAGAGAAUUGGCUGUCUACAGAGACGUUGCCCAGGGGAUGCCCUGAUGUCUUACCAUCCUGCUGGGAGGCUUCUCUCGUGUCCCCACAAGAGUACAAACAUCAAUAUGUUCAACUCCCUUUCUUUUAUUCCUUUAAGAAGUAUCCACAUUCAGUUUUGGAGAGAAGAUGUGUUAUAUUUCUCCCUGUGGGUGCCUCUACUAUGGCUAUAUCAUUUUGCAACACAAGGAGUGUCCCAGCUAGGAUUAAAGGUCAGAUCCAGACUUAGCCAUGAUUAGAGGAGACCCCAUAAAAUCUACAGAGCUUGAAUUCAAAAUGUUACUAAAUUCUCAGUGGUUUUUAAUAAGAGUACUCUAAUCAUGAUUAAGUUUAGAUCCAGUCCAAUUAAACAACAUAUGCACAUUCCUUAAAAUCAAUAUAUGCACAUUCAGAGUGGGCAGAAAUUUAAAACAUAUGACUGGGAAUAUAUCCCAUUAAAUACAAUGGGACCAAUUGUGGAGUAGAGAUGUUCUGUAUAUACAGUUGCAUUGUGAGACUGUAAUUCUUUACACAUUUGCCUCAGGACCUUUCCUUUCCCCCCUCAGCCGCUUAAGCGGAAAAAGAAGGGGCCUGGGGCUGUUAGGAAUUGUGGGAGUUGAAGUCCAAAACACCUGGGGGCCCCCAUUCCUGAUAUAGACUAUCUGGGCAUCAUUCCAAGCCAAGUAGAUCCUAAAUUCCAGCUAUCGAAGGAUUCUAUUUUGAGGGAUGGGUGGGAGGGAGAUAAAUUACUCAUGCAUAAUAGGUGCAUCAAGUGGGCAGAAUCAUGCUUAGACAGGCCUGCCAAAAUCAUUGGGUGUUUACAUUGGGUUCCUCAAUGUAAUCCUCAGUUGAUUUGUUUAACAUUUUUUGCCAGUGGAUAUGAAUAUAUGCAUUCCUGCCUCCUAUAAUUUCCCUUUCUCCUCACAGCUGAAAGAGCUCCCUCGGUCCAAAGAAAAGAGUAUUUUUAGAAGAUAAAUAAAUAGCCAUUGAUCUAUAUAACUUAUCUUUCUUUUCUCUCAUCACCCCCACCCACCCCCUUUCACAUGUGGUGCUUUUGAGGACCAGAAGGGCUUGUGAGCCUUGAUCGCACAAAGAUUUAUACGGAGACUUAACUUGAUCCGGAAAACCCAGCUCCCAGGAUCUGCCGGGCCUUUUGCAAAAGUGCCUAACAGGAUUCGGCCCUGUUUAGAAAAAUGCUUUUGUUUGGCAUACAAUCCAAUGUUAGGUUUUCUGGAGCAUGCCCUCUUGAAAUGAUAGGGUGCUGUAUAAUGUCACUUCUUUUAAAGCACCUGUUGGUUAGUUGGGGCAUCUAAUUACCAAUGGGGUGCUCACAAGAACCCACCCCUUUCUGUCUCAUGAAACCUCACUUUGUAGUCUAGAAAUAUAGUAAUUCCAUAAUAAAUAAAGUAAAUUGGAUUUUCCUUUACCCCCAAGCUGUGCCAAUCCUGAAAAAAAAUCUGGUGUGAGCCUGAAGAAAACAAGUUGUUUUAAUUCCCCAUAUUUUUUUCAUAAUAUUUUCUUACUUUCUUCUUUUCAUGCUUAAUGACAGUGGCAUAAAAAUCCAUCUCAGAAUCAUUAACACAUGCGUCUGAUGCCAUAAUAGCCCCGUACGUUGUUCAUUGUUUCCUCUAAUUCACUAACUUCUCAGGGCCACUUACAUUGCUCUGUCUAGACUUUUAGUUCGUCCCGCUUUCUGUAUUGCUUUUCGGCCUUUUGGCUAAGAUCAAGUGUAGUAUCUGUAUGCAAGAUUUUAUUCCCCCUUAAAACUUUUGCUGUUACGAUUUUCAAGUAGUUUCAAAUCACUGCUAUGCCGCCCCCAUGAUGAAGAGGCCAAGACUUUUGCAUUAGAAAUCUUCAGUACUUCUAGGAUUGCAAUGCCUUUAGUAGUUAGGGGGUAUAGCAGUGAAAACACAUUCAUUUUACAUUUCUAUUGUAUCCUUGGCAUUAGAUACAAACCCAAGAGUGAGCAGAAGGACUCACAUUAUAGAAAAAAAACUAUAAUAAUAAUAAUAAUAAUAAUAAUAAUAAUAAUAAUAAUAAUAAUCCCUUAGAAAUUAGAUGUAGGAAGUAAUUUUUUAAACAGGGUUGAAAUUUGCUGUAGGAAGUAAGCAUUUUUGCAAUAGACCCACAACACAUGUCCUUGGUCUUCCGAUCCAAUUUUAGGAAGAUGAAAUAAUUGUGGGAUUUUUUUGAGAUGGAUCAAUGUAACCUGACCCAUGUGUACAUACUAAUGUGUAUAUGCACAGAAUGGGGCGGUGCAUUUCAGUAUUCUCACACAAAGUCCCUGUAUCACAACCGACCGCUGGAUCAUUGCUGUGUUCAGUUCUGAAAGUUGUGGAAUGCAGGCUCAGCCUGGAAAUAAAGCAAAGUUAGGUUGUCGUGUGAAUCUUGGCAGGAUUCAGGGCCCAAAUUUGUAAAGGAAGCAUUUCCCUAUCUCAUGUCUUUAUUCUUCCUCCUUGUCCUCCACUUCCUCCUCCUCUCUUUUUCAAGAAUACUUUAUCCUUCACUCUUUGGUUCCUUCCCCGCCUCCGUGUGUAAAUACCAGCUGCUGUGCGUGACGGGUGAUUCCCCUUCUUCCUUCCCCCUUCUCUCCUUGCCCCCCACCCCUGUUUUUUCGUGGAAAAAGUUGCGUUUGUUUUGUUCUGAAUGCGCUUUACUGGCUGACUUCGGAGGGUUUGAGUGUUUUUUUUCUGGGGAAGUUUUGUUCCUGAUUUCGUUCCAAAUUUGUUUGUGUGGCUCUCAAUUACUAUUUCCUUUAAAGAAAAAUUGGUCCUUUUCAUUUUUAAAAAAUAAUAAUUUGUUUUCAGUUUUUUUUCAAUGUCUGUCCGAAUGUGCUUAGUUAAAGCCAGUGACUAAAUGCUAAACCUUUCCAAAUGCUCGAUGGCUUGCACGCUCUCGCCAACUGAAGUUGGUCUAAUAAAAAGGUAUCACCUUU